AUAAGCGAAUUUAUACAUAGUAAAAGGUCAUGAAUCGCGUGAAAAGAUUCAGGACCAAUUUCGGUGUUACACCUCAAGCAAAACCGGAUGUCUUUUAGUGCUGCACCAAUUCCUUUUCCGCCCUCUUUCAACUCAGACCUGGAAAGAUGACGAAGGGUACGUCAUCUUUUGGAAAGCGUCGCAACAAGACGCACACCUUGUGCCGCCGUUGCGGGUCCAAAGCUUAUCACCUGCAGAAAUCUACCUGCGGCAAGUGCGGCUAUCCCGCCAAGCGCAAGAGAAAGUAUAACUGGAGUGCCAAGGCCAAGAGGCGCAGCACCACUGGAACUGGCCGUAUGAGACACAUGAAGGUCGUGUUCCGUAGAUUCAGGAAUGGAUUCCGUGAAGGAACUGUCCCCAAACCCAGACGGGCAGCAGUGGCUGCAUCCAGCUCCUCAUAAUACAUGCUCCCAAUAAACAUGUCAACAACAAA